GUGGAUUUGUGUAGCCACCCCUACAACACUCAGAGCGACGGGGGUGUCUCAAUACCAGCUCUUAACCCUCCUCUCUCUACACACACACACACACCAGAAACACUGAGAUUAAGGAGGGUACUGUGAUGUGAAUAACAUGUUAAGCCUUCACAGUAUGUGUGUGUGUGUGUGUGGGUUUUGGGGGAUUUUACGUGAGAUGAGGGAACCCUUUAAAAUUAUAGCCAGAGAAGUACUCACAACACAAGUCAACAACAGCGGUACAAAACACCCUUACUUGUUACAGUACAUUAAUAAAGAUAUAAUUAAGGUUUCGUUUACAGCUCUAAAGAGAAGGUCUCAUGUCCAUGACCUCUAUGAUUAUCCUCGAUUGAGAAGAAAACAUCUGAUCAACGGACAGUUUUCCCCAUUUGACAAUAUGUAACGCUGGAAGAGUGUCAACAAAAUGUCUCCUCAAUUUGAAUACAAGUUCAUUCUAAACUGAAUCUCUGUUGUUUUUACAUGCUUCAUGUCAUUGAAGAUCUGUGUUAGGUGCUUUGUUUUCUAUGCGGUUAACACUCUACUCUCCAAAGCGAUUGGUUGAGGUCCCUUCUUCCCCCGCCCUGUGGCCUGAUGAUUGAUAGGUAUCCAUCUCGACCUCCCUCCUCGCCCCCCAGGACUAUAUUACAGCCCCUAUCCUCCUUCGAUGCAUUAAUGUCUAUCUACCUUCUCUUUGCCCCCUGCUUUAAAAACUCAGGAUGGAUUGGAACUCUUAUGGUAAGAUGUCAUAUGUCUUUACAACUGCUAUGUUGUUACCUAACUCUUUGUCUCUGAUGUAUGUGAAUUAGCUUUUGAGUAUCAUUUCAGCGAUGAAGGACUGUCUAUGAUUAUACUUAAACAAAAGUGGAAGACUGGUUAAAAGCAGUGUAGCUACCGAAGGUGCAGUAGCCUAUAAAGAGGACGCGUUAUACAAGCUAGGCAUAUAUCCUGGAGGGAAGGACACAGCGCAUUGUCACUACAUGCAACCCAUAACCAAUGUUUUUCAUAACAUGAAUACCUAAGAAGCAUGUGUUUAAUUUUUUUUUAAGACAUGCUCAUAAGUCUUUCUUUCUUUCUUUCUUUUUUCUUUCUUUCUUUCUUUCUUCCUUUAUUAACUUCUUUAUUUCUCAGAGAUGGAUCCUCUGGAGGUGCCCCCUCUCACCCCCACCAGUAAAGAGGUUCUGACCCAGGCGGUGAGAGCCAGUUUCGCGGGCUUCACCCAGGAGAGGAGCCGGCUGCGGUUCCCAAGGGGUACGGUACAGCAGCAUCACUGCAUUGUGGAAGACCCCAGCCUGUGGUCAGAGUGGCAUGUUGAUAACUGGCUAGACUGGUGCCAGGCUGAGUUCGGCCUGCAAAGCCUGGGGAUGGAUUUGAGGGGCAUCCAUGGGAGCGAGCUCUGCAGCCUGGACAGAGAGGGUUUCCUGGCUCUGAUAUCUGACUGCACUGCUGGGGAGAUCCUGUGGGAACACCUGGACACUAUGCACAGAGAAUGUGAACCUGACCGAGGCAUAUCUCUUGGGGAAUCUCUCCCCUUUAGCCAGUCACAAUGCAACAUAGACAGUAACACAGGGCAUGCCCUGUCUACAGACACUCUAGACUAUGAGCCGUUUUCCCAUCAUGAUAUAUCAGAGAGCAUCCACCUUCUCUCUCUGGACACCGUGAGCCCCAGACAACACACCUUCUCUUAUCUGAGGGAGGAGACACACCUAAGAAAAGCACACGAGUACCAUAGCAUCGCUGAAACAGGUCUGUGUGAUGUGGAGGCAGAGGCAGAGGCAGAGGCAGAGGCACCACUCUGCUACCCCGAGGAGGAGGCAGACGCACCCUUGCUGUGGCCAGGGGUGCACGAGGAGCUGGACUAUGGCAGGACGGAGGGACACCACCUGCAGGACGGAGCCUUCGCCCUGCCACACUCUCACAUGAGCUUCAGGGAGUUUGUGGGGGAGAAAGCAGACCUGGGCAAAGCUGUGGUCCCGGCGGCAGUCCUGGCAGGUUAUACUGGCAGUGGCCCUAUUCAGCUGUGGCAGUUUCUAUUGGAGCUCCUGACAGAUCGGAGCUGCCAAUCAUUCAUCAGCUGGACAGGAGAUGGAUGGGAAUUCAAACUGACUGACCCUGAUGAGGUUGCUCAGAUGUGGGGCCGCCGUAAGAACAACUCAAAGAUGAACUACGAGAAACUGAGUCGAGGCCUGCGGUACUACUACGACAAGAACAUCAUCCACAAGACGGCCGGCAAGCGAUACGUCUACCGCUUCGUUUGCAACCUGCAAGGCCUGCUCGGAUACUCAACAGAGGAGCUCCAUGCCAUGCUGGACAUCACGCAAAGCGACUGUUCGGAAGGGUUCUCAGACGGAUCAGACGGGUCCCUGUGAAACGUUGAGAGUACAGUGUUCAAACACCGGAUCUCUGCUGAAACAGAAAGGACAACAAUGUACAGUUCUAUUGAAGACCAUAAAGGGACACCAGCAAAUGAAUGUUAUAUCUCUGCAUUAUAUUAUAUCUGAUAUUGCUCUCACCGUGCGUUAUUACAUUGGACAAUGUGGGUUUCCUGGACAAUGUCAAGAGAGCACCACUAGUGUUGCGUGUUGUUGUGUCAUGUUCAUGCAAUGCAGUUGCAAACUGGAUACUGAGAGUUUGUCGUCCAUAAGCUACAAAGACUUUGUUUACUGCUAUAUUUUAUACCUAUUUAAAACCUUUUGGGUUAUUUGAAAUUGUUUCAUUUUCAGUCCUAUUUAAAUGUGCAAUAUUUAGUUUGUCUUGUCUCUCUAGACCAUCGAUAAUAAUGUCAUUCUAAAGGAACAAUGAAUUGUGCAUUGCUGUGCAUUGCUGUGCAUAUUGCUGAUAGAUUUUUACUUGUUUUGUGAAUUUGUUUACGGUUAAAGAUAUUAACACAAUAUAGUGCUUGUAAUAGACAAAUAGGAUGCACAAGGCUAUUGUGUCUUUAUCUGGCUUUUAGAAUUCAGUUUAGAAGAUUUUUUUUUGGCAACUUAACUAGAUUCACUGUAAUAUUUGCAUUCAUCCAUCUGAUAAUGACUAUGUAUAAAUCUGAUUGGUUGAUGAUCUGGACAACAUCAGUGGGUAGUUAGAGCACUGUUUUUCCUAAUAAGCACAGAAAAUGGUGUGGAAAUCAUGAAACUAAAUGUAUACAUUUCAAGCAUUCUCCAUCAAUCACAACUAUUCUCAAAACAAAACAAAUCCAAAAUGCUCUGAACAACAAGUCAAAGUAGAUCUUACCUAGCACAACUCCAAACUAAAUGGUUGGUGGUCUUAUUUAUUUUGAACUCCUCAUCAGGGAUGUCUUGCUAUAAAGAUACAUUCUUUACUCUCUAUUCCUGCACAUAGUCCUCCAUUGCCUAUAACAUUACUUACUCCAUUUAAUUAAGCAAUUAGAUAUUCACAAAAUGUUCAAAUGUGUCAUGCAAAUGAUUAAGUAUAAUUGCUGACUUGAUAAAUAACGAAUAUUGUAAGUCUUCUGGAUCAAAAUGGAUUAUUGGUUUUUUUCCUCUCGUUUAUCUCAAAUCCUUGUAUACAUCUAUUGACAAUAAAUCAUCACAAGCAAAAUUGUCCUACUAACAGUCAUAAUCCACUCCAGAAAUGUAGGUCUUAUAUGGAACAAAGGCAUCAGGAUCCCCAGCGAAGAGGAAUGAAUCCACAUUACAGCUCUGCUGCUUUACACUCACCUUACAGUAUAGCCAGUUACCAUGCCAACUCCCCAUAUUGUGUUGUAUUGAUGUAUUUUCUGUUAAAGUGCUAUCUCAUUUGUAUCUUUUUGUGUUUAAUAGUUACUAUGUUGUCAACAUUUUAAGUUAUGUCUAUGAAUUAAAUGGUAUUCAGUCUCAGAAAUCUGAAUUUUAGCUGAUAAAAUCUACACAUUCUUUUUCAGUUAGCUACUGAUACGUGAUUGUAUGGUACAGUCAUCGGGAAUAGUGAGGAGGCAGGGAAGCACUGUAAUAUGGAGAUUUGGCGAUAAGACGAUCACUUGGUGUCACAUGGAUAUGUUUAAGUAUUUGGACAGCCUUGACUAACUUCACCACAUCAGUUUUGCGACUUGAGUUAAAUGUCAACACUUUCGGCAGGUGUGCUAUUCAGUUUGAGGCAGCGCUUAAAGUCUUUCCACACACACUUUUGAAAAUGUGCCAAACAUCAUUAGUAUUAGGCUGUUAUGUGUGUGUGCAAUAAUACGAACCAUGUAUGAGUAAGCGUAUGUUGUUGUAUGAAGACAGAAUGGAGGUGUUAACAAAAGCCCUGCUGGAGGCUGAAUUAAUGGAACAUAAAUGACAGACA